UAUCAACACAGUAAGCAGAUCCAUAACAAACAUUGUGUAGAAAUGGCUCAUUGGUUCCAUAGAAAUGUUUUUAAAGCGACAGCACCAGUUAAUUUCGAUCUAAAACUAAUAGCCAUGGAUGGUGAAGCAUUAAAAAUUUGUAGUGACCUGAAGCAGUCCAGAGCACGGCUUAUUCAGUUAUUCCCAGAUGCCAACCAUGCUCCGGAGACCGUUGAUGUUGCUUUCAAUCAGUAUAUGGCUAUUUUUAUUGGUUUUUUAACUUCACCUGACAGUAAAAAUACUGGAGUAGAAAGUAAGAUGCGUUAUAGCGUGCUUUUUAAGUGGACACACACUCUGCUGGGAAAUAAACCGCAGUUGAUGAGAGACUCAUAUUUUGAGGGUGCUAACAUGAGUUACAAUGUAGCAAUUUGGUACAUGAAACACGCAGCCAUGCUUGCUGGAAAGGAUGACAUCACCAUGGAAGAAGCAAAGGAAGUGCACAAAUGCCUAAGGAAAGCUGCUGGCAUAUUCAGGUUUAUUCAAUCCCAGUAUUUGCCUCAGUUACCAGGGAAACAGCUUGAGGGUGGUGAUCUUGAUCCACGUGUCCUAUCUGCUUACUUGACACAAUGCACUGCAGAAGCACAAGAAGUCACAGUUGCGCGGGCAGUGGAACUGAAACACAAUCCAAGCUUAAUAUCAGCUUUAUCGAAUGAGACAUCCAAAAUGUUUGCUGAUGCUGCAACGGUAUUAGCUACAGUUGAGCAAGCAAAGCAGUGGGUGCUCUACCUGAAGAUUAAGGCAGCUUUCUAUGAAGCUUAUGCAUACACUUUUUGUGGAGAAAAUCUCUUGUCACAGGACAAGUGUGGAGAAGCUGUAAGGGGCUUACAGGAGGGUCAAACCAGUUAUAAAAGGGCAAUAGAACUUAGUAAGGAAUAUGCAAAAACUAAAGGCCCUGCUCCAAAAGUGCAGCCAGAAACUCAUGCAUCUUUUCGUCGGUUGUCACCACUUCUAAACCGAACCUUGGAAAAGUGUGUAAGAGAAAAUGGAUUCAUCUACCAUCAGAAGGUACCUGCUGAUCCACCUGAACUAGAACAUAAGGCAACCUAUGGGCUGGCCAGCCCUGAGGAAUUCUCAAUGCCAUCACCAUGUCCUCUCUGGAACCCUGCAUCAUAUGCUGCAUUUGAUGACUCUAAAAAUGCUGCAGCCAAUGAUCCAACAACCAGCUCGAAUACAGCAGUAAAACUGGAAGGAGAACUUCCAGCAGUGAAGGAGGCUCAAGUUCACCAGUCAUCUAAGGACCCAAAGACUGAAAGUGGAUGCAGCAUACAAUAACAUAAAUAUUUCAGUGGUACUAUUGGUUCUGGGGCAAGUCAAGCUUACGAAGUGCAGCUGUUUAUAUGUCUGUGUUAUCACAGAUUGCGUAAACUAUUCCUGUUCACACACACUCUAUAACCAAAUACAUAAAUGUAACAUUUAACUAUUUGUGGCAAUUUCUUUGCUUUUAGUUGUGCCUCUUGGGCUUGAUAUGCAGUUUUACAUGUGUAGUAUCAAUUUUAAUUAAUAUUGUAAAAGUGCUAUUACUUAAUGUUGUUUUGCUUCAUAUUAGGCAGAGUCAAUAUUCUGCUCUCAAAGCUAGAUGUCUAUAUACUGAAAAUAUAAUGUCUUAAAGACUGUAAUUAUUACAACAUUUGUUUUAUUUUCAAAGUAUUAUCUUCUACUGUAUAAUUAACUGUUUGCACAUACAUUGUUGUUCCUGAAGAGGAAUGUUUUGACAUUGAUUACUACAGUUCCUUUAACAUUAAUUUUAUUUUUUCAUAUU